AUGGUGUUGAUCACGGACGAGAACGAUGAGAAAUACCGGGAGCUGCGACGGAACGAAGAAACGACAGUGGGGGAGCUCAAGGUCUUGAUCGACAAAAUGGGGCUCACGGGCACCGUCAAGAAGAACGUUGGGGGCGCAUUGCAACGCAAGAAGUCGGACAUUCGCGCCGAGAUCCUCAAAUGGUACCCCGAUCCCGACCGCCCACCUCUGGGCGAGGUCUCCGCCAACCCGCGGGCCCCGCCGCCGCCGCCGCCGCCGGAGUUCGCCUCGCCGGUCGCGACGCGCCGGGCCGCGGUGCCCCUCCGGACGCCGCAGCAGAAGCUGGACGACGCGCUUGAAACGCGGGAUAAGGCCGCGGCGGUGGCCAGCCUCCAGGUCCUCAGCCCAAGCGGCUUCAAAGGCAUGAAAUUCAAGCUCAACGAAGUCAAGCAGAAGUUCCCGGAGGAGACCAAGGGCGUCAAGGGGCUCGGCGCGAAGGGCUACACGCUCGCAGACUUUGGCGAGAGCCUCAUCAAAGCGCUCGAGAAAGCCAUGCGUCCGUCGGCGCCGCCCGGGGCCGAGGCGACGCGAGCGCGCGUCGUGGAGGCGCCGGUGCCCGAGGCAGCGCCGGCGGCCGCGCCGAUGGAGGUCGAGCUUCGGGCGGCGACGGAGCCGGCCGCGCCCGAGGCGCCGCGGCUCGCGGCCAUGGAGGUCGACGCCGCGCCGCCGCGGACGGAGGCGCCGGCCGCGCCGCCGCCGUCGCCGGAGCCCGACUUCUUCGAAGCCGUGUCGAACCUCUUCGGCUGGCUCGCGCCCGCCGCGGCGGAGACCGAGGACGCCGCCGCGCCGCCGGUUCCCGCGCCGGCCGCGACCAACUGGUUGGGCAUCCCAAACUCCGGCGUCGAGGAGCGCAAGGACGACGACGCCGCGGCGCCGACGCCCGCCGCGCCGCCGGCCCCGGUCGCGCCCGGGGAGCCCGGCUGGCCGCAGGUCGCCCGGCGCCUCGCGUCGAUCCCGCCCGCGAUCGCCGGCGAGGCGACGACCUUCGCGGAGCGCUUCGCGCUGGCCCGCUACGCGCUCGGGAGCGACUGCAGCCCCGACGACAACGAGCACCGGUGGCGGGACAUGGGCGCGCGCGGCGUCGCGAACGUGCGCCGCGCCGCGAGGCUCACGUCCGCGGGCGGCGACCUCGCGCUGGAGCUCGAGGCCGACGACCACGUCGACGCGGGCGACGAGAAGAAGGCGAAGUUCCGCUUCCUGCCCGAGGCCGUCCGCGAGGCCGACGGCCGGCGCGCGCACAGAGAUUUCGGCGUCGACCGCUUCCUCUACGUGGCGGUCGACGAGGCCGCGUCGGAUCGCGAGCUUCGCGCGGCGCGCGCGCCGCUCCAGUUGGCGGCGUGCCAGUACCGCCUGCUCUUCUCGUACCACGACCGCCCGCUGCUCGUCUUCUUCGCCGAGGCGGGCCCCGGGCUCCGCGACGUCUCCGUCGAGGCGGUGCGCGACGCGAUCGUGCCGCCGGAGGUCCGCCGCGCGCUCGGGCGCCGCAAGGCCGCGAAGCGCCUCCGCCUCGCCUUCAGCAAGACGCUCCGCGGCGUCGACCUCGCGCCGGACCAGGUCGCCUACCCGCGGGAGCCGAUCCGCGCGGGCGACGGCGAGGACGCCGUCGACGGGCUCGCGCUCGUCUCUCGGACCGCGCUCCGGGAGUCGGGCCUCUGGAGCUUCGACGCGGUCCAGAUCCGCUUCCGCGGGGCCAAGGCCAUGGCCCUCGCCGUCGACGACGCCUACCUCCGCGAGAACUUCGGCGACGGGUGCCACCUCGCGCUCUACCCGUCGGCCGUGAAGUUCCGCUUCGCCGAGGCGGCGUCGGCGCCCCUGGAAUUCGUCUCGUGCGCGCGCCGGCGGAGCGCGAAUCUCUCGGAGCAGCACGUCGCCGCGCUCGUCGCCCGCGGGGCCCGCGCGGACGACCUCGCCGCCCUCGCGGACGAGACGCGCGAGGAGCUCGUCUGCGACCUCGCGGACGAGCGCCGGGCGCGGCGCGCGUUCCGCGGCGGCGGCGACGACGGCGACACGGCGCCCUGGGUCCUGGGCCCGAACAUGCUCCGCGCGGGAUUCGCGCUCGAGGAGCCCCUCCUGCAGCACUGCCUCAGGAUCUGCGCGAAACAGAAGCUCCGCGGCUGGAAGGGCGACGGCGACGAGGACACGUCCCGCAUCGCGCUGCCGCGGAGCGCGGCCGCGCGGCUCUACGUCGUCGCGGACCCGACGUCGUCCCUCGCGCCCGGACACUGCGUCGUCGGCGUCGACGACGACGAGGUCAAGAUCGAGGGCCCGGUCGCGAUCAUGACGGAUCCGACGCUCGCGCCGGAGGACGUCCUGGUCCUCGACGCGGUGCCGCCGCCCCCGGCGCUGCUCGAAGCGCUCGGCCGCGUUCCGCGCGGCGUGCUGAUGUUGCCCACGACGGCCCGGCACCCGACGGCCGAGUUCUUGUGCGGCGGCGACUACGACGGCGACACGGCCGUCGUCCUCUGGAGGCGCGAGAUCGUGGACGGACUCGGCGCCGCGCCCGGCGCCGAGGCGCUGCUCGCGCGCCGCCGCGCCGCGGUCGCCCGGGUCGGCGGCGAGCGGACCGACGGGCCCCCGGUCGUCGCCGACGCCGCGGAGGCGGCCAUCGACGUCGCCGUCCACGCGCGGGCCGCCGCGCGCGCGCUCCAGCGAGCCGGCUACGAGUUCAAGCGGGCCGUCAGGCGCGGCCACGCCGUGCCGGGCGACGGGUCCCUUUCGCUGGCGAACUUCGCGCUGAAAGACUUUCCCUACGACGCCACGCCCUGGACGCCCGGCGGCUACGACCGGGCCGUCGGCCCCGCCGACUACGCCGGAGCGCAGGCGUCGCUCCGGGCGAAACUGAACGACGUCCUCGGCGACCUCGAGGCGUUCGACUUCGGCCGCGAGCCCGCGUUCGAUCCGUCGCUCCUCGACCUCGCCCACGGCGACGGCGGCGACGCGGCGGUCCGCGCGCGGAAAUGGGCCGCGGCGGCGCGCGACGCGUACAACGGCGACGUCGCGCGCGCGUGCCGCUUCCCCGAGGGCCCGCUUCGAAACGAGGCCUGCGGCAAGGUCAAGCGCGACCAUCAGGCGAAAUUCCUCGAAGCGUGGUCGCCGGUGGAUCGCGAGCGCGCGGCGCUCCACCUCUACGCCGCGGCCCACGACAAGUUCCGCGAGACGCCGGACCGGGGCUGGAAGCGCCCCGACGUCGCGUUCCUCCUUUCGUAUCCACUCCUACCACGCGGCGGGCACGGCGCAGAACGCGAAGAUGCGGUGGCCGCAGACGAGCGCCGCGGUGGCGCCCGUCAUCGGGUCGAGGCAGACGGGGCACUCCUCGGGCUCCUCCUCGGGCUCCUCCUGGGGCGGCUCGGGCUCCUGGACGCGCGCGCGCUUGUUGGCUCGCGACGCCGCGAGCGCCUCGACGUCGGCGGCGGCGUAGGUCUUGAUGUCGCAGGCGAAUGGGUAUUUGCUGUUCUUCGACCGCCGCGCGAUCUCGAAGGGGAGGUCCGCGAAGGAAUGUUUCGUCAGCUGCGGGUAGCGCUUCAGGGCCGUCUUCCGGUCGUAUCGACGACCGGCUUCCACCUCGAGCCAGCGCGGGUCGACCGGUUCCUGGUCCGGCGCGGCGAGGCGCGCGACGAGCGCGUCGACGUCGGCGGCGAGGUAGGUCUUGACGUCGCGGGGGCCCUUGCAGGGCUUCGGCCGCCGCGCGAUCUCGAAGGGGAGGUCAUCAAAGGAAUGACACGUCAGCUGCGGGUAGCGCUUCAGGGCCGUCCUCUGGUCGUAACGCGCGCGGGAUUCCACCUCGCGCCAGCGCAGGUCGACCGGUUCCGGGUCCGGCGCGGCGAGCCGCGCGACGAGGACGUCGACGUCAGCGGCGAGAUAGGUCAUGACGUCGCGUGGCGGGCCCUUGCCGAUCCACGGCUUCCGCGCGAUCUCGAAGGGGAGGUCCACGAAAUGGUAAGUGUUCAGCUGCGGGUACAGCUCCAUCGCCGUCUUCGCUGUGUGCCGCGUUCCCGCUUCGACCUCGCCAUAAAGCGCGACCUUCGCCUCCAUCGCCCGCUGCGUCGGCUAAAUUCUGGCUCCAAGAGCCCCGGGCAGAAGCGCUCAGGGCAGGGGCUCGUCGUGGUCCCCGAGGCGCGAGAGGUAGACGAACGCGUCCGUGCCGAAGCCCUCCAUGGACAUGAGCGUGAGGUCGCCGCCGAAGUAGCGCGCGUAGGCGCGCGAGAUGGGGAGGCCGUAGCCGAGCCCCGCGAGGGGCGCGCCGACGAAGUCCGUGCCGUCGUUGUUGAAGCCCCGCGCCUGGACGUCGGCCGACGCCGUCGUGUAGAGGUAGGACCAGACGCGGCGCAAAUCGCUCCGCGCGAUGCCGCCGCCCUCGUCGCUGAUCUUGAGCGCGACGUCCUCGUUGUCCUCGCCGUCGGCGACGAUGACUCUGAUGUCCGCGGGCUCGUCGGCGUCGAGCGCGAGCUGCUUCUCGCAGGACGCGCGCAUCGAGUUCUUCAAUAG